UUCAGACUUGUGAAGUUGUUGGGUUUUUUGGUGACUUACAAAUUAUUAUUUUUCAUAAGAUGGCCUCAGGUAUAUAUUCGAAAUACACCACUUACGCUAUCCUUUUGUUAGGCGUAUGUGCUCUGCAAAAUCUAACAGCCGCUGUUGAUGUGGUUGAUCCAGCAGUACCUCGCACCUGCUAUACCUGUGAAGGCAUCAAUUGUUUGCGCAUCACAAAGUUGAAUGCUACUACGGAAUGUUUGGAUUUGGUGGAUUAUUGUGUGACCAUAUUUAGAGGAUUCACUGUUGUUGCACGCGGUUGUUACGCUGAUUUGCAAUCCAGCUAUCGUGAGAAAUGCGAUUUAGACGAUCAUCCAGAGUGUGUGAAAUGUUUUGGCAAUCUUUGCAAUGAUAAAGGACGCGCCGACUUCAAAUGUAUUGAGUGCAAUUCUAGUGAGAACAACAAAUGUGCAGCUGACACUACCGCCAUGACUGCUGUUCAGUGUCCCAUACCAACUACACAGAAUUCCUAUUGCUAUGUACGCCAAUCCAGCGAAGGUGCCACUACCCGCGGUUGUUUUGUACAUCAGCGGGAGCAACAGGAGUGCCUCAGUGAUUCACAGUGUUCCAUGUGUUUGAGCGAUGAUGCGGUAGCUUGUAAUACAUACAAAUUGGCUACUUCGGCUACAUCGGGUACGAUUGGUUUUAGCAGCGCCUCAAGCAGUGCAAAUAUCGCUUUUACCGUCGCUUUUACAUUACUAAUUUCAUGGAGCUUUCAAUUAAAUAAUAAGGCAGAAUAAAAAUGUGUGAUUUAUGCUUUUUCUUUGUGACAAAAAAUUAUUUAUGAAAUA